AUGGAUCAUAGACUUUGUGUAGAUGAACAAGGAGAUAGAAGCAUUCAUCUAGAAGUUGGUGAACUUAGGAGGCUAAGCGAGACAACGAGCAAAACCGCCACAAUGUUCGAGCCUCGCCGUGGCCUUAGCAGUAUAGAAAAGAGAGAUAGUUGUGAGGCUGAUCAAGAAAACUCUAAUAGUGAAUGUUCAACAUCGGUUAGAGCACCAGAAAAGAAACUUACCUUAUUCGCCCUACGCCUUGCCGUGCUUGAAAAAGCAGCAACUGGUUUGGGAACUCUUGGUUUUAUAUGGGCCACCGUUGUACUUCUCGGCGGUUUCGCUAUUACUUUGGAUAAAACAGACUUUUGGUUCAUCACAAUCAUACUCUUGAUUGAAGGAACAAGGAUUUUCAGCAGGAGUCAUGAGCUUGAGUGGCAGCAUCAAGCCACAUGGUCUAUUACCGAGUCAGGAAUCUAUAGUUUCAAGAUGCUUAGAACGAGUUCGAAUUUAAUUCUUCAAAGUAUAAAGAAUCUCUGCAGGCCUAUUAAUGAUGCUGUAAAGAAACAUAGGAGAGACACGGUGGAGGCUAAUGUAGUUACGCCGAGGAGUUCGGAUAACAGAAACACUAGGACAACGACUCGCACGUGGAUUAGUUCAGAUGUUCCACUUUUACCUUAUGCUAAAUGGUUUUUCCUUUCAAGGCAUAUCAGCAAGGUUCUAUAUUGGCUUCAGCUUCUUUCUGCAACAGCUUGUGUGGUUCUGUCUUUGACGAAGCUCAUCAGACAUGAUUACGGAGAGAUUGCUAAGGGAGAUACGGAUAAGAGGAACCGGGCAUCCGCUCUUAACAUCUUUUACGCAUUGGCUCUUGCAGAAGCUUUGUUGUUCUUAACUGAAAAGGCUUAUUGGGAAUGGAAGAUAAGUUACUGUGAACUAUUGGAUGAGGUUAACAAAGAGUGUGAGUUGGGGCCGUCAGGGAUGGUUUCGAUUCGGAGAUUCUUUUAUGAUGCGUAUUCGAGGUGUGUCAAUGGAAGCAUAUUUGAUGGAUUGAAAAUGGACAUGGUUUCUUUUGCUAUGGAUCUGUUGGCCUCAAACUCACCUGAUGAGAAGCUCAUUGGAGCAAGAAUUAUUCGGCAAUUCGCAAAUAGUGAGAGGUUUUCCGACGAUACGCUUCAAAAGAUUGGAAUUUCUAUUUCAUUGGUGGAGAGACUAGUUGAGAUGUUGAAUUGGACAGAUCACAAGGAAGAAGAACUCAGGCUGUCGGCUGCUGAGAUUUUAUCGAAACUAGCAGGUAAGAAGCAGAACUCUCUAAGGAUAGCCGGGAUACCGGGAGCUAUGGAAUCCAUAUCCUCUCUUCUACAAACUAGCAGAAAUUGUAUGCAUGCUGCUGAUGAAGUAGGAGAAAAGAAACUCAUAUUUGAUCACCCGAGUUACGGAUUCUGGACAUUUAACCAUCUAGGACUACUCAUUCUGAAAAAACUCGCGCAUGAUCAUGACAACUGCGGAAAGAUUGGAAAUACAAGAGGCCUACUUCCAAAGAUUGUAGAUUUCACACAUGCCGAAGAAAGCCUGCUGAAGAACGAAAACGUUACUCCGUCCCAAAUACAAACAGUGAAGAGAUCUCUGCAGCUGGUGAAGAUGCUGGCUAGCACAACAGGAACCUAUGGAAAACAUCUUAGAAAAGAGAUUUCAGAGGUAGUUUUCACAAUCAGCAAUAUCAGAGACAUUUUAAGACAUGGUGAGAAACAUCCCUUGCUACAGAAACUGAGCAUCGAGAUUUUAACAAGUCUUGCGUUGGAAGGGGAAGCGACAGAGAGGAUUGGAGGUACAGGUGGAGUGCUUAGAGAAUUGUUCAACAUAUUUUUCAGACAAAGCAUACCUGAUAACCAGAAAGAUGUAACAAUGGUUGCUGGCGAGGCCUUAGCAAUGCUGGCGCUAGAAAGCAAGUACAACUGUCAUCGGAUUUUGAAGUUGAGAGUGAUCGGAAGGCUUGUAGAAGCAUUGAAAAUUCCGCUCAUUCGUGUCAGUGCCGCUAGAAUUCUAAGAAAUUUAUGCAACUACAGUGGAUCAGAAUGCUUCAACCAGCUAAAGGGAAUCACAGCAGCAGCUCCCACAGUACUUCAGGCAAUCAUGUUACAAGAGAACAAGCUACAAGAAGUGAUGGUUGGGCUAGCAGCAAAUAUUUUCACAUUCAUGUCUUCUUCUGAAUCAAGAUAUGUGUUUCAAGAAACUGGAAUCACUGAGGCUGAAUUGGCCAAAAAACUAGUCCAAAUUCUCAAGAAACAUCAGUAUCCAGCAACAAAGGUCCCAAGAAUCAGGAGGUUUGUAAUUGAGCUGGCUAUUUGGAUGAUGAAAGACAAAAAAGAAAACAUAAAUAAUUUUAAGGAUCUGCAAAUGGAUGAGGUGUUGGAAGAUGUAUUAGAGACCACGUCAGAGCUCGAAAGCUUUAACGUUUUCUCUGGCACUGUCGGCCUGAAUCGGCACAAUCUAACAAUUCACUCACUGGUUGAGACAGCUUUGAAGUUGCUGGAAGACAAGUAA